AAUUCAUUACGUUGACGCCUAAUAGGUAGUAUUUAAAUUUGAGGGUAAUCUUGAUUUGAUUUGAUUUAUUUACAGUCGCAUCACCUACAUAGACGGUAUUUAUUAGACGGUUUAUUAGAGGGUAAUCUUGGCAGUUGGCAUCCCCGGAUUUCGAGCGCUAUGUUGGUUACACUAUGGUUGCAUUAUUUUUCACUGUUGUCAAUUAUCCCAUUGUGUAGCUUGAAAGCUGACGCACAUUUAGUUAUCUGUUUUUUGGUGCUGGUGAACAGCCAAUUGGAAUUUGUGUUGAAAGUGGUCAGCGGUGACAUUUGUUUACUGAAGAUAUCCUCUACGUUGUAAUAGAAGUUGUCAGUGUAGUUAAAGCCGUCAAUGUGUUCACUUGUGUUCGUUUAGAUUUAUUGUAACACUUACAAAAUGAUCCAAGAAAAUGAGCAGCUUAGAAGGAACGAACAUGUUAACUACGGGGCUAUCGUCCCUGGACCUUCCACUGAAGACGAAAUCACCCCAUUAUUGGAUGCAAUGGACGACCCCAAAAUUGGUAUUAGUACACAAACCUUGGUUUCCACCGCUGGCAGUUCCACAGAACCUCGGCGAUUAUGGCAAUUUCUUGCAGCAAUCUCAGUGACAUUAGGAGCAUUUGCAUUGGGAAAUGUAUUGAGCUGGACUUCACCCACUGAAGCAUACUUCAAAGAAAAACAAUUCUCACCCGAUGACGUAUCUUGGAUUGGGGCUACAAUGGCUGCUGGGGCUGCUACAGUUGUUAUUCCUUGUGGGUUACUAAUGGAUGUUCUUGGCCGGAAGAAAACUAUGUUGUUGUUAGUUUUGCCUUUUGUUGCUGGAUGGGUGCUGCUUGUGUUUGCAGAUGAUCUUUGGAUGUUUAUUCUAGGUCGAUUUAUCACUGGUAUGAUGGGAGGAGCAUUUAGUUUAACUGCUCCAGCAUAUACUAGUGAAAUUGCUGAUGACAAGGUUAGAGGAAUGUUGGGCAGUUUCUUCCAAUUGAUGGUGACAUUUGGUAUUCUCUUUGACUACAUUCUGGGAGCUGCAAAAGUCGAUGUCAAGAUUUUGACAAGUGUAUGUGCAGCUAUUCCUUUGGUAUUUGGAAUUCUAUUUUUCACAAUGCCUGAAACUCCCAUUCAACUGCUUAAAUUUGGGAAGGAAGAAGAAGCCCGAAAAUCACUUCAGAAGUUCCGAGGACCUCAUUAUGACAUUGAUGAGGAAAUUCGUGCAUCAAAAGACGCCUUAGAGAAAGCAGAACAAAUGAAACUUACAUUCCUUCAAUCUUUUUCUACCAAAGCAGCAAAGAGAGGAUUAUUCAUUGCUGUAGGAUUGAUGGUUUUCCAACAACUGAGUGGAGUCAAUGCUGUGAUUUUCUAUGCUGCAAAGAUUUUUGAACAAGCUGGCAGUUCAAUGGAAGCUAAUACAUGCACAGUCAUUGUUGGUGUAGUGCAAGUAGUUGCUACUUUCAUCUCAACGCAAAUUGUAGAUCGCCUUGGACGUCGCAUCCUGUUACUCAUCUCGGAUCUUGUAAUGUCAAUUUGUUGCAUACUACUUGGUGUCUUUUUCUUCUUAGAUGAAAAAGAAGACCCAGUUGCAAAGGAUAUUGGUUGGUUGCCUCUGUUGAGCGUUUGCUUGUUUAUUGUUGUCUUCUCUUUGGGUUAUGGACCAAUUCCUUGGAUGAUGGUUGGUGAAUUAUUUCCACCAAAUAUUAAAGGAGCAGCAAGUUCAAUUUCAUGUAUGGUGAAUUGGAUCAUCGCAUUUCUUGUUACAAAAUUCUUCAGUAAUGUAGAAGAAGCCCUUGAUCUUGGGCCAACAUUUUGGAUUUUUGCUGGAAUAUCAGCGUUAGGAACAAUAUUUGUAUUCUUUUUUGUUCCUGAAACAAAAGGAAAAUCUCUUGCCCAAAUCCAGAGAGAACUUGGUGAUGAUGAGGCAGAGGCAAAUAUUUCUGAUGUACCUGAAAAAAUCUGAAGUCUGUGAUAUUCUCUGUGAUGUUGCACACAUUUGUUAAUGACAAUGGGACCACUGUGCUUCCUGCAGAAAGUGAAACGCGAGCUGUAUUUUAGUGAGUGAGAAUGAGUGUCUGAAUGUUGAUGUAUAUACGUGUGUGAAUGUAAGGAGGAGUGUACUCAAUGCAAUACUGAGAAUAUGUGAAUGACAAAACUGUGCAAAUCAAAGCCAUACCAAAGGCAUGAAAGGAACACAAUGAAUCCUGAUUUUGUAUAAUAUUAAUAUUUUAUUUAAUACAAUUGUAGUAUUUAUUUGUAAUUAAGUGUACAGUAUUACUUUUAUAUUUUCAUGAGUUAAAACAAAAUGUAGUGAAUAUGAAAGGCCAGUCAUGUUUUUAAGUAUCCUUGGGGGUGGAAUUAUGAGAAUGUUUACUUUAUAAUACAGAUUUAGGGGAGGAGUUUGCACUUUGUUUUUAAUUACAUAAGCCUUCAUAGAUAUUCAGAUCUGAAAUGUCAUCCAUUCUAAACAACUCAGAAAAAUCCUCUCAUGUAUUUUCAAAAGGAGUUAGCUAGGUUGUGUGCUUUGUGUGUAGUAUAAAUAUACUCCAUAGGAAAAUGGAUGAAGAGUUACCUGAGUCUGUAAAGAUAUUUGAUUAUGAUUUUAUGUUGCAAACUUGUAAGCUUCCCUUCCAUUCAGGCAAGUUGUAAGCUUCCUUUCCAUGGCUGUAGUAAUGUGUUUGCUCCUGGCUGUCUUGACAACUCUCAUUGUACGCUUGUGGGCCAACUUUCAUUUUUAACAUUUGUUAAGCAAAAAAUGCGUUUCUGCCCAGACAACUAAGAGCAAACAUGUUGCAAAAUUUGUUUGUGUGGAGCUGCCACUAUAAAAAUGCUCAGUAAACUUUCUUUUGCUGAGGUUAAAACAUAGAUUUGAUAUGUAUCAUAUGUAUUAUAUGUUGUGAAAUGCUCAUGUUACUAUUGUAAUACCAAGUGAUAGUUAUAAAAGUCAAUAAAUGUUUGGCAUUAUUUUGUGAAACAUCAUUACUGACACAUCUCAAUAAAACCUUUUUCCAUCAGCAAGUUCACAAAGUUCAGUAACAAAAUCAAAUUCUUAACUUCUUUUUCAAUAUUGAUUAACAAGGCCAAAACUUCAAUAUCUUUCAGGGCUUAUGUGUUAUAUUUAUAUUUUUCCCAAUAAGACUUUCUACAUCAAGCAGGAUCAUUUUUGACUGCUUCUUGGAUUUUGUUGAGAAUACAUUAUUUAUGGCAAGAAAACGUAGCUGUAUUUUCUAUUUUUUCUUCGGUUCACACAUUUCAUUAUUGAUGCAUUAUUCACACAAGUUUUCCUGAGCUUCAGAACAUCUACCCCCACUUCUGUAUAAACAUUAGUUAAAUUCAGAUUAAAAGAUAGCAAUGAGCAUUGUUGACCAUACGAUAACAAGAAUGUGUAAUAGAAAUUAUUUUGUAUUAAAAAACAAGCUACAGAUCUGAUAUAGUGGUUCAGUCAACAAAAACUAAUCUAACCCUCCAUCCUUUUGCAUCUAGCAAAAUAACUCACGAAAACAUGCACUGGUAAUACCAUUAUGUUUUUCAUAAAAACAUGUCACUCAUUGUAAGUUACCUUGUUGAAACUAGUAGUGCUCAAUAGCACAUACUGUCUUGUUUUAAGGGUAAUGGUUAUACAAUGUUGUAAUGAUUCAACGUCUUUCUAACACUUAAGCAAUUAAUUGAGAAUUUCCUAUCUAUUGAAAGAGGAAAGAAUUUUUAUUUUUAUUUCAAAAUUGUAAAUGGAAAUGGCCUCAUCAUGUGCAUAUAUUCAUGGGCAUGAAAUGCCCAUAAAUGCUGUUUGGCACAUGUGUAAGCAAUAAAUAAAAUUAGAAAUAGUUAUUUAUUUUAAUUAUCCUUUGUAUUCUAGACAAACAUAGAUAAAAACAAGAAUUAAUAAAAGGCAGACAGACAGGUUGUAAUAAAAAGC